AUCAUAUUCUAUCGUCUUAAUAGAGUUCUUAUUUAUCAUUUGUCUAUACAACAUUCUUUCAACACAUUAACCCGAGAAAAACAUUCUUUCAUCGUAUAAAAUAAUGGGAGGAGCAACAUUAGAAGGACAAAGAAAGGAAUCAAUUUGGGUUUUGAUGAGAAAACAAAGAGCUCGAAGGGCACUUGCGAAGAAGAUCAUGAUCCGACCCAAGAAGAGUCUGGAAGCUACUAGAAGACCUUCUCGUGCCAUUCAUAAACGAGUCAAGACGCUGAAAAAGCUUGUUCCCAACACUAAAUCAUCUUCAGAAGGUUUGGAAGGACUGUUUAUGCAAACGGCGGAUUAUAUUUUGGCUUUGGAAAGGAAAGUGAGAGUUAUGCAAACUAUGGUUCAGGUUUUGACCGAAAAUGAUUGUGUUUAACGACCUUAUUAACUUUUUGUAUAUCUUGCUGGGGUUUUAAACUUUAUUACAAUUAUAAAAUACGUGUUUUUAGUUGGUAUUUGUUCGUGUUUAUUUUUAUUAUCUCGAGUGAUUAUACUGUGCUAUAUAGAAACAAAAUUGGGAUGUGUUGUUGA